UUUAAUCAGACGAUGGCGUUGAUCUGGUUAGCAGGGUUGUAUGCAGCCUUAGUAUAUUCAUCUGUGUGUUGUGAAUCAUCUCAACACUCAAUCUAUGUAUCGCGUUUCAAUGGGAAUGAUACGACAAAUUGCGGUACCCCGAUAUUCCCUUGUCGCAGUAUAUCUUAUGGCAUUCUACAACUGACAGAAGGGUCAGUAAUCUACCUGGAUGGCAAAGAAACUACCGAAAACCCUUACCAAUGCGAAAGGCAAGACCCUGGACAACCGGGAAUUCGUAUUAAUAAAAGCAUAUCAUUCGUCAGCAUCAGAUCACGUGCUUACAUCUCGUGUCUCCAUGGAAACCCCUGGUUGGUGAACGGAAUUAAGCUUAAGAACGGUGUACAAGUUAGCUUCUCUGGACUAACCUUUUUGAACACAUCUGUUCGCUUUUUUGAUGCCUCCGUAUCCGCGAGGGACACCGUAUUUGCGGAAAAUCAUUUUAUAAGCAUGCAUAUAAUAGUCUUGCAUCUCCCGCGCUUUAAUUUGGUUCUUGACAGUGUUGUAUUCCAGCGGAACAGGGCCUGCAUAAGAAUUCAGGCCCUUCCUAGAGUUGGGAUUUCUUUGAACGUCGCUAAUACGUCUUUCUUCCAAAAUGGCAAUUCUCCUGGGUCAAUUCUUUUUUUAGCUUGUAAAGCUAGUUUUAUUAACAUUCAAAUAAGAAACUGCAGUUUCAAGAAAAAUACUUUUGAGGAAUACGGAAUGAUUGUAGUUGGAAACCAGGGAGGAGUGACAAGCCUUGUAAUUGAUCGACUGAGGAUGGAGGAAAAUAGUCAAACAAACCCAAGCAUUGUCAAAUUUAAUUGUUUGUUUCUCAUUUUCUCUGCCAAAGUUUUUAUGGCAUUAGAAAAUGGGUUUAUUUAUAAAACAUUUGCUAAUUUUAUUGUUGUGAAGGGACAUUCAGCGCAUAUCCGCAUGACAAAUUUUGACGUGGACGGAUUCAACUCGAUAAUUCGCCACGGUGGGGUAUUCGACGUGUAUGUCAGCGGUGCAUGUUACCUAUUCAUUCACGAUUCUUUUUUUCGUAAUGGCAGAUACACUGGUUUGGGAGGUGCCAUUAGAAUUGCAGCGCUAUUUUCGAUGUUAACUAUUAAAAACUCGUGCAUUCAGAACAUCUCGAACCCAAACUUUGUUCGAGUAGUGGGUUUAUGGAAAAUGGACGUGCUUUCGGAUGCAACGAAUUCCGUUGUUCUACACAUAAUCAAUUCCUCGUUUUCAGACAUCACAUCUGGAGAUUCCGCUGCGGUGUCCGUAUUUGCGAACAAGCUAUUUGCGACUGUUCGUCGCACUUCGUUUGAGCGAAAUAUUGGCGGAGUUUUUUCUGUCUGUAUUGACAAUGCUUCUACAAUUCGUCUUGACGAUGUUAAUUUCCUUGAAAAUAGCGCCAUUGGCAUUGGAGGUCUGAUUGUAAAUGCAGUAGCUUUUAAAAAGAAUUCCACAUUUAAUCUUUAUAUUAACAACGUUAGCUUCGUUCGAAACAAGUUGUCUGACAUUUCUUUCAGUGUUCUAGGAUUGACACUUAACGCCACAAGAAGUAACAUAAGUUUGAAAAACUCGCGUUUCCUAGGAAACAUGAAUAUGUUCGGCAACAGUAUAUCUUUCAGUUUAGGUGAAUCUAGAUUCCAACAUGUAACUUUGGAUACCUGCAUAUUUCGAGAGAACGUUGGCUUUGCCGCAAUUAUAUCCAUUACGGGACAAGCUUCAGUUACAUUCAAACAUUGUAUUAUUCAUUCUAACAGGAUUGACCCUUGUUUUCCCGCUGUGAUGCUGUUGUCGAUGAACAAUUCACAGAUUUUGAUCACGAAUGCAACAUUUGAGAACAACUUUGUCGGCCAUUUUACGCGCCUUUACAUAAUUCUUCUCUAAG